AUGAGUGACGAUGGUGAAGAGGAAAAACAUCCUCCUUCCCCUCCCAAACCUCCAAGACCUCCUCCACCAACGAAUAACUGCAAAUUACCUCGUCCUCCAAGCAUUCAACAGCACCUAGAAGCUCUACAACGCCUUAAAGCCGAUCGAGUUCGCUGGUUUGUGAAAGAGGACAAGAAAUGGCAACCUUUCAAUGGCUGUGAUUCGUUGUCUAUUGAAAACUGUUAUCGCAAAAUUUUGGACCUUGAGAUAAGGGAGGAAGACAGCAGUAAAAUCCUCAAUACUUCCUCGAUUUAUGAAAUGCCAACUGUAAAAGGAGGGUUGUAUGAGGUGGAUGUAGUUGCUAGGGAAUGCAAACCUAUAUAUUGGAAAGGUUAGUGAAAUUGCUGACGCAGCAUAUAAUUAUAUGUUGUGGUUCAAUUUUUUCCUUGGUUUAAUUUUUAUUUCCCUUUGUUUUAAACUCAUUUCCAUGCAUUUCCAUACCCCAAAACAAAGGGAAAUAAAUUUAAACCAAGGAUAAAAUUGAACCACAACUAUAGUGAUAGUUGUAUUAAGUAGACAUCCCCUGGACCCCUGUGUGCGACAAAUGCAGACUGCAGACUGGUAGGUAAACGAGGUAAACAUCCUUGUGAAAUGCUCUAACUGAUUUCCUAUCCCUACAUAGACUUUUCGAAGACUUAAACUUUAGGGAUAGGGACCUGUUAGAGCAUUUCACAACAAUGUUUACCUCGUUUACCUGCCAGUCUGCAGUCUGCGUUUGUUGCACAGUGCCUGGACCCUCACUAUGAAUGAAGUGAAUGAAUGAAAUGUUGCAGCUGAGAGGACAACACACAUGUCCUCUUUACAUAAUAUAUCAAAUGUUAACAGUAAGCACAGACAUCAGAAUACAAGGCUGGUGCCCUUGGCAGCGGCUAGUGGUGCGUUUACUAGCCUGAGAAAGCAGCGACAUUUUGUGAUGCUACCUCUGGUUUCCCUGCAAAAUGGUGUCUGAGAAACAAGCUGAUAAAGUCCAUAUUAAUGAAGCGUUACUACUGGGGUAACUAGGUACCCAGAUCUGGGUAGUGCAUUUAUGUAUUCAUUUCUCAGACAUCAUUUCACAGGGAAAUCAGUGGUGGUGUCACAAAAUGUUGGCUGGUUUCUCAGGCUAUCCAUUUAUAAGCUUAAUGUCAUAAUUUUAGUAUUAUUACAUGGUUCACACAGGCCUUUAAAAGUCCUUGAAAACUGAAAAAUUGUGGGAUAUUGUCGAAAAGCCCUUGAAUUUUUCACAGAAGUCCUUGAAUAUUUUUGAAAGCUCCUUGUUAACUGUUAAGUUAACUGGGUGGCAGUGAGGAGAAAAAUUGGAAGUUAAUGAUGCUCAUGUCCACUUACAGUAUGGGAUCAACUUAACGUAGGUAUCACAGCAUCAGAAGAAAUUGAAGUCAGCUAUACAAGAGCUUGCCAAAUGUUUCCUUUUUCCAAUAAUACAUAUUACACGGCAAUGAUUUUUAUGAAGUCCGAACUCCCUGAAAAAAGUCUAAUUUAUGUGUUAAACCAUUCUUUUACAACACGUAGCCACCCAUGCACCCAAAAUUCAAAACCUGUUUUUCCAAAUAAAGCCACACCAUGGUUGUAGCUCAUUGUUAGUCAGCAUUAUUAAGGUUGCAAGAUUACAGUUCUUCAAUUAAGUUUUCCUUGAUGAAGGAAGCAAAGGUUUGUGUGCAGUCUCUGAAGGAAUUAUUUUUCAUCACAGGUAAUGCUCUGGCAGUUUGCCGAGGAACAUGGUUCACUGGAUCUGGAGCACCCGAGUUGUGGCAGCCUAUUGUUGAGGAAGAUGCAGAGCAGAUUGAGAUGUCACAUCAGACCAUUUGGAGGUCUAUGGUGAGUCCUGACUGAACAAAAUACUGUGUAGAGUAUUGUAAAAGCAGUACAUGUAAAUGCUGUCGCUCAGCAAGUUUGUGCACUUACCAAAACAAUUUUGGUAGUUCAAAAGUUCUAGUUUUUAAUUGAGGCCCUCGUAGGGGGAGUGUGUAUAUUACAGGUCAAAAUUAAUUUCAGGUUAAUGUUCUUUAACCUCGGUUGAUUCUCAAGUUCCUUUGUCUCCUAGCCUUAAUUUUUCAUGAAUUAGAAUCAACCUACAGUCUCAGUCAAAAUUGUUGCAGACACUUCGCUGUCUUCUUGCCCUCCCAAUGUUGGUGUGCAAGAUUUGGUGAGUUAACUGUGAUAAAAAACAUUGGGAGGAUGAGGAGACAGGCCAGAAGUGGAAAAACAGCUUUGGGUGGAAUUGUCCCAAUUAGUGCAUUUAUUUGGCUAUAAGCUGAUCUUGGCUGUAAGCCAAGACCUUAAACUUUGAACUCGUAAAAUUAGAAAAACCAAGAAUGAAAGAUUAAUCCAAAACACCCAGCCAUAAGCCAAGACCCCAGUUGGGCUCAAAUUUCACUGAACUUUAGCCUUAAUUUGUGUAAAAAUCGCUUGGCUUAUAGCCAAAUACAUACGGUAUUUUUGUCUGAGACUGUGAGUUAAAAAAUUUUAACCUGAAUUUAAUUUUGACCUGUAACACAUUAUGUCCCUAGUCUGAAUUUCAAAUACGGUUGUUUCUUGGUCUGAGGAGUAGACCAUGUCCCUGUGGGUAUUCAAGCCAUCUUUAUGUCAUUUGUCGCCAUUUUAUCUACUUUUAGUUACGGUAGUCUUAUUUUGCUGUUUCAAGACCAUGUCGCUUGUCAGAAUUUUAUUCUAUCAGGGCUUUUUAUUAAUUGAGGUGAGGUUAACCCUUUAAGCCCCAGUAUCUGCAUAAAAAUUCACCCAACUGAUCUCUAUGCAUUUCCUUACUGAAUCAGUUAGGAGAAUUUGAUAAAAGAUCAGAGCAUUUUCCCUUUGGUGAUUAUUUUAUUAAUUCUCAUGACCUUUUCUCUUGAUUGUGUAUUGAUCAUCUCAGGAGAAAAUUGAUGUUGAUCUCUCUUGUGGGACUUUAAGGGUUAACCUCAGGCUAAUGUUGCCAGUGGGUUGACCCAUUUUGGAGACUCUGUAUGGGUACUUCUGAUGAAUUCAAGGUUGCUUGAUUAAUAUUGAUGAGCUAAUGAUCUUAGAGAUUAAAGCAAAAUUAUUUGCAUUGCCAUUGCUGAUCAAGGCUAACAAUUUAAGUCAUACAACAGAAAAGAAGUCUACCAAAAUUAAUAAUGUGAUGCUUCUUGAAUUAUUGCUUUUUUGAUUUUCUUGUUUCCCUCAUUUCAUUGUUGUUGCUCAAACCUGCUAGUAAUGCUACCACACAAGACAAAAUUAUUCUUUUAUGUAUAAGCAAUGAUUUCUUUGAAAAUUGAUGAUUUGAUGGAAAAUGGGUAAAAAAAAGAGAUGUUCGCACAUGAUCUGCACAUGAUCUCUGUAGACCAUCCCUCAAGUUUGUGUUUUUGUGCACUGGCUCAGUGGCAGAUCCACGGUCUGAGCACCCUCCAUUCUUUGUUUAAAUGUAUUAUAUUUUGCUCGUUUUAUUAAAUUUUAUGCAUCAAACUUUCUCAGUUGUAUAAGUUGUGUGAUACUGUUGUUUAAGAACAGAUUUGUUUCUUGUAGGGUCUUUAUGUUGGACCAGAUGAAAGUGAAAGAGCAGUUUCUGAACGACAAGGUAAUGAUUGUUUUGUGUAAAAAAUUAUUGUGCUAGAAUUUUGAUUUGCCAGUGCUUCAUCUCUUCCCGUAAAAUUAUUGUAAUGUUUCAAUUUUUUCUUAUGCAAGUGAAAUGUCCAUUAUAAUGUAGUUAAAUUGCUGGAGGCAAACAUUAAUGGAAUAAUUAUUUUUUAAUUAAUUCUGUAUUGUUUAAUUAUUCUGUUUCUGUUUUCAUUGUUAUUACCCUGAUAUCUGCUAAAGACCCAUAGUAGUGCUUAACCCUUUAUAAGCCCCAAGGUCCAUAUACAAAUCAUGACAUUUCUUUUAAGAAUAGUUGAGAGAUUUUGGUGUAAGAUCAUUUAAGCAUUUCCCCUUUGGUAAUCAAUUUAGUAAUUCUCAUAACCUUUAUUCUUGAUGAUCCGCUGAUGUUGUUAUGAGAAAAUUGAUCUUGGUCACUCUUGGGACCCAAAGGCUUAACCUUGGGGAAAACACUUCCCAGACCUCCGUGUAUACCUUGAUUAUGUGGUAGCUGGUCAAACAACUCUAAUUCCCCUGUUAUCAGGACUUGGCCGACUCAAUUUGAAAGGCUUUUAUGUGGAGUGGAAUGACAUCACAGACGUGUGGCUUUACUGGGAUGACAUGAAAUCUAGAAUCAUAAGAAAUGUUGGUGAAAGGAUUGGGUUUUCGUCAGGUAUGAUAACAAUAACAGUGUUAUUAAAAUUGCUAAAAACAGUUCAGCUUAUAAGCCCCAUGCUAUUGGACACGACUUUCUUUGCACACUGUUAGGCAUGAUACGUACUUUCCUGUUACACUGUCCUAUUAGUGCUGAACUCAGGACAGUUGAUAGCCAAUCAGAUUUGAGAAUUUUGUUACAGUUAUUAUUAAUGUAGUUAUUGCCAAGAGCAUUUAAAACUUUCAAUGAAACAUUGUCCAUUGAUUGUUUCAUUAGGGGCAGCUACUCAGCUUCAUCGUGGAUACCAUACAGAUGCCAGCCCUGAUGACAGGCCUCAUGAUAUCACUCACUUGGUGUUUGUCGUCCAUGGCAUUGGACAGCUGCUUCACAUGAGCAAUAUUGUUAGGAGUUGUGCUGAGUAAGCAUUUUACUUCACUUUUGAUUCAGACUUUUUUAAUUUAAAGUGGCAGGGCUGAAAGUCAUUAAAGGUCAUUGGCCUUGGAUUUCCACUUGCUACUGUUUGUAAGACCUGCAGCUACUUUCAAGAAAAGUUAGCCUGAGAAAACAAUGCCACCACAGGUUUCCCCACAAAAUGAUGUCUGAGCAACGACUGCAGAAGUUCCCUACUGAUGACAUUCACUACCCAGAUAUGGGUAGUGCUUCUGAUUGGUUGAAGGAAAUUUCUCUUGCCACACGACCAAUCAGAAGUACUACGCAGAUCUGGGUAGUGACAUGUCAUCAGUUUGGAAUUACUGCAGUCAUUGCUCAAAUGUCAUUUUGCAGGGAAUCCAGUGGUGCGUCGUGAAAUAUUGGCUUUUUUCUCAGGCCAAUAGAGGAAAGUAGAACCAAAGAACUUCCUGGCUGUUCAAUUCCUUACCUACUUGUUGCUUAUAAUACUCUGGCAAGGCAACUUACUUUUCUUUCUGCCCAUUUUUCAUUUUUUUGAUAUAUUCAGUGAUGGAACACUCUUUCCAGAGUUCAGUGCACCAUUCCCACAUUCUUGUGAACAAAUUAAAGCUCUAUAAUUUUGAGGCUUGGUGGAGCAAAAUAGUUAUAGUGAUUUCUAUGGAAUUGUUCACCCAAGCUUCCACCUCAUUUCAUUGUGUGUGCUUACUAGAGCAGAAUUUUUAGGAUUUAUGUUAUUCGUUUUUUUGCCCAACAUUAUGUAACACCUGACAGCCUUCGACAUGGAGCAACUACUGUUCUAGGAAAACAACCUGAUAUUCCUCAAGAGAAGAGGGUGGAGUUUAUUCCUGUGGAAUGGAGGUCAUCGCUAAAAUUGGAUGAAGGUAAAAAUAUCUCAGCCUAGUAAACAGUACCACAGGAAAUACAGCUGGUAGCUUAACGUUGAAUAGUCACACGUUAGGAUUUCAUCCACAGAAUUUAAAAGUAAGAGCCACCUUGUACAGCACAAUAAACAGUACCACAGGAAAGUACUGCUCAGCAGCUUUCAAUUGAAUGAUCACACCAAAGGAUUUCGUCCACAGACUCAAACGUUAGAACCACCUUGUACAGCAUAAUAAACAGUACCACAGCAAAAGUACUGCUCAGUAGCUUUCAUUUGAAUGAUCACCUCACUUAAAUUCAUACACCAGUCUCAGUAGUUAGAAGUACAUGUUUUCAUAUCCUUGUUUUAGGGAUUGGAAGGGCUAAGCUGAUAUGUCCCUACACAAUGCCUACGAACAGUUGUGACUGAAAGUUCCAAGUACAAACACCGUUUCGUUUGGAGGCCGUGCAUUCAGCCUUGCAGCGCCGAAACAAUGGAAUUCUGUUUCAUCUGAAGUUUGAUCUGCUGAAAACUUUGUAUUGCUUAUUUUUCUGUGGACCUUGACAAUAUUGCACUUUUUUAUUGUUAACAUUCUCUGUUUCUAGUUUUUAGGAUCUUAAAUGUUUGUCAGAUUUUAUAUUCUUUUAUUUUUUGCAGUCCCAAUAUUUCUUGUUAAGCGCUUUAGAGCCAUGUAUAAAGCGCUAUAUAAAUAAUGAAGUAUUAUUGUUAUUAUAAACUGAGUACUGUUUAACUGUUGAAGGUACCAUUGAGUGUAUUACACCAUCGUCUGUGUCUGGUCUGCGGAAGGUACUAAACACAAGCAUGAUGGACAUCAUGUAUUACACAAGUCCAUUUUACAGAUAUGAGGUACAAAACGAUUUUAAAUCAACCUGCUUUGCUGUUAGAGCUAAGCCACUUGCAAACCUUCACAUUCCAGUUCAAAGUCUCUUGAAGAGGGGGGAAAAGAACUAAAGACCCUUGAUAGAAAACUAAAACAAGCUCAACCCACAUACAGUAUCUUUCUCCCACGCAGGGCCCCAUGCACUUUCUUUUUUUCCUUCUCCCAGCCUCCCUACAACACAAAAGGGAACUUAAGCAACAACGAAGGCGACGUCUACGAAAACUUCACUUAAAAAGUGAAUUCGCGCUGCCUCAAACUUUAUCUCGCUUGUUCUAUUUCGUUUAAUUCGUCACAUGUUGGCAAAUUUUUUUGGAGUUGGAUUCCAAAGGACUCUAUCAAAGUUCAAGAAAAGAAAAAGAAACUUGUUGUUUUGUGUUCCCGUCUUCGACAAAACGUGAAAUUAGUCACUUUCACGUCGUAGUCGUGCAACGACGGCUAAGAAAUGUACAAAAAAGCGUGAUGCACGUGCAAAGUUGUUUUUUGCUAAGAUAAACCUAUCGCUUUUUUGCCGUUCUCGUUGCCGUCGCCGUGGUCGUCGUCGUCGUUGCUUAAGCUCCCUAAAGAAACCUCUGCGGAGGAGAGAGCCCACAUAUUACCGGGCCAUAUUGUGUAGUUACAGAAAAUAAACACACUCCCCUACAGAGCCAAGAGAUUAGAAUUUAGAUUGGAAUUUCUGCUGUGUCAGGGGGUUCAUAGAACAGUCCCUUCCCUAAGUGGGCAGUAUAGAAUAUUUUCUGGAACUGCAGAUGAACGAAAACUUCUCUGAGGUGCUCCCUUGUCUAAGCUGUUUGGUUGAAGGAGUGAGUGUGCUGCCGGAUAAGGGUUUUUGAUGAUGGCAGACUGUUUUCCUUUGUGUAGGUAAUCGUCAAGAGCUAUUUCAUUGUUAAAAUUACUGGUCCAGCCAUGGUCCGACUUGGCUUCAUUCUCCGAAGUCUCGAUGCGCCUGCAGUACUCCCCACCAUUGCAGUGGCGGAUCCAGGGGAGGAGCUCCCCCCCCCCCUUAUCUCAAGGUCUGGAUCCGGCACUGCAUUGGGUGGGAGAAUGGAGAAACCCAAGGCAGCCUAAGACUGAGCCUAUGGUCCCGCCGGCCAGUUCCGACUUUUGGAAAGCACCCUGAGUUAUCCUUUUGUUACUUUUUCGUUGCAGAUCAUUGACGGAGUAAGAGAUGAAAUGAAUCGCUUAUACAACAUGUUCUGCUCUAGAAAUCCCUCAUUUCUGGAAAAAGGCGGAAAAAUUUCAAUUUUAGCCCACUCACUCGGCAGUGUCAUUGCGUACGACAUCUUAACUCUCUGGGACAUUGAGUUAAGACACCUAUCCCAUGAUUCAACAACUGGGACAGGCUUUCUCACUGAGAGCCUGCAUUAUCUGCGGUCAGUUACCAGUAGAGGUAGUGUUGAAAGCAUGGAGACUAGUGCUGAGGGUAAAAGAAAAGAGAACUUGAGAGUGGAGUUAGCCAAGGCUCGCAGUCAAGUCAUGAAACUUGAGGCUAUGAUAGCAAGUGAAGUAGAACAUGAAUCAUGUGGUGCAAACAAUGGUUCAAACGAGUGCCCCUAUGCUCUGAAAUUUAAGGUGUGCAUGGUGAAGUUAUGCCAUGAUUAGUGUACUAAUGGAAACUGUUUGCAGUCAACUCUGUCUGAGACUUCUGCGCUGGGAUGGAAGCUUUGGACCUGACACUACGUGUCUGCCUCAGAGAAAUGUCGGGACCCCUCCCCUAAGCCAACAUUAACACUUACUUCUCACAUACGGCAAAAUGCUGGCUUAGGGGAGGGGUAGGUGGGCAGUUCACUUCCCCUCUUUCCGCUAUUCUUUUCCUCCCACAGGCCAAAUACCAAAAAAAAGGGGACAAAAUGCCCACCUAACCCUCCCCUAAGCCAACAUUAACACUUACUUCCCAUUUAGGGCAAAAUGUUGCCUUUGUGGAGGGAUAGCUGGGCAGUUUCCCAGAAACUUAUAACGAUCGAAAAUGUCUGUCUCACAGCAAGGAGGUCAAAAUUUUUAACUAGAAUGGUCAAAACUGUGACCCGUGCGGUGUGAACACUCGAGCAUCUAAGUUUUUUUACGGAAAAGGCGUUAUAAAGGCGCGGUUGCAUGGAUGCGUGGUGGGGGACGCUAUUUUGGAUAUACUUAAGUAGCGCCCUGCACACGGGUAGAUGAUUAAACUAUUGAAGAAAGUUAAAGUUCAAUUUGGUUCAUCAGUUCCGUGUGAACGGAGCGUAGAUAAUUGUGCAGUUUUGAGUCGGAUAUUCAAAGAGUUCAUUAGCGCUUUCUUAAUUAAGUAUUGAGUUUUCCGUCCAUGGACUUUUUAGAAUCGGAUGACCGAGCGCGGAGAAAACCAACAGUGGGACCCGAGUUACUCCAAUACUCUAGUCCAAAAGUUCACAUCAUUGAGCAUGCUUGUAGUGAUAUAGUCCGUGAUUUUGUUUGGUGUUUUUCACUUCACGUUAUUGAUUCACAGGUGGAAAACUUAUUCUGCCUGGGAUCACCGCUGGCAGUAUUCCUGGCGUUACGAGGGCUUAGACCUCAAGAUGACGUGGAAGAUCACGUGCUUCCUAAGUCAGUUUGUAAGCGUUUGUUGAAUGUUUAUCAUCCAGCCGAUCCUGUGGUAAGAUAUUAUGUACUAGUACUCGACUUGUUUUGGUCCCAGUUUAAAGGUUUUAUGUUUCUAUAUUGAUGUGGGCUCUUUAGACUGGAGGACAAGCACGACCACGAGGAAGAGAUUUAACUUUAAGUUUUUCGCUUAUUCCCAAAAAUUUGACACCCCGGAAAGCUUCAUUGUACCUAGUUAGCACGAAGGAGGUUAAGCCCUCUCCGUAGCGCAAAAUAAUAAAACUUCCAAAAUUUGAUAACUUGUUUCGCCAGUUUGACACUCUCGCUACAACCCUUAGCGGAAUGACGACCGGACGGCUACCACGUUUUCCCCCCCAAAAUGACGCUUGUUCACGCGUGAGCACCACUUAAUAUUGAGUUAAAUCUCAUCCUCGUAGUCGUUCCCGUAUUAGAAUCUUAAGGUCUCAUAUUACUAGAAAUACGUGUAUCGCAGAACCUCGCGAAGCUCGGUGGGGUGGGCGGGGCUGGCCCAUGAAAUGUCAGGCAUGGAAGGGGGAGAGAAUUGGAGUAAAUUGGGUAGCUUGGGAGGGCUCUAAUAUUGGAAGGUGAGAUGUACUUAAUCGCCUUUUGGUUGGAGUAAAUUUCAACCCAGUGCUCUUUUAUUGAAGGGAUUUUCUGGGAUUUAUAUGGGGUUGGUGUUGUUAAGGAAGGGUAGCCAAUGUUUCAUAGGUCCCGUGUUCACCCUAUUUGACCCUCCUACAUGUGUAAUUAUAGUAAAAGAAAAUGGGUGUGAUAGUGAAUAACUGUAGGCGAAUAUUUAGCAAACACAUGCUAUCUUUAAUGUGUAUAAAUAAUUACUUGUGAAGUGUGUCAUUAGUAGUGAGUGGAUGAAAUGGUAGGAGAUAAUGCUGCAGUGAUUAUAGCAAGUAAAUGCUGGUAAUUGGAGAAAAAAAAUUAUGGUUAAGUGAUUACAGCAAGAGAGUGUUUGUACUUGUUGUAGUACAUAAUCACACUUGACAACGUAAAACAGUGAAUGAAGUGUUCCGUUGUUUUCAGGCGUAUCGUCUGGAACCUCUGAUCAGUGGAGACUACAGUAGCAUUCCUCCUGUACAGCUGCACCGCUUUGACAGCAAACAGGCCGGAUACACCGAAGCUAAACCCAGCAAAACCGGGCAGGCAGCCGGCAAGUGGGGUGGCCUGUUCCGUGUUGGAUUCUCGAGACAGAAAACAGAAGAGGCCGACGCCAGCUCGAAUGGCGAAGAGAACAUGGACGAGGACGAUCUGGUGGUCGUACACAAUGCGGCAUCAGCGGACAAAAGUACAGGUAAACUUUUUUUAUUGACUUAUGGAUGCGCGCAGGGCGUUGCUUACCAAAUACUUACCAUUUACACGAGAAAUCCGGAAAUUCUGCGGUUCGCGUCCUUCUGUUUGGGCACCUUCAGAAAACUUGGGCUGUGAUUCGAGGAGAUGUAAUUUUUCUACUCCUUUUAGUCUGCUCAGGUGAUUUGGAUAUACAUUGUAUUAUCGCAUCGUUUUUUGAGUGACGCACGUGAGCUAGAGUGUGGUCUUUUUGCAUUCUUUAGCAAUGGUUUUGCCUUAAUUUUUAGGGUAAUUCGUCACUACUGAGUUAAGGCACUUAGUAAGACAAAUUUAGUGGCAUUGAGCCAUGUUAAAAGAGGGGAGAGCUCUCUUCCGGUUGACUUGCCUCGCUCAAAAACUUCUUUCAGCUUAAGGUUUCCUAUAACUCUGUCUCAGUAAUCCACAGCGUUGAAUUUACAGAUUCAUUUUGCACGAGUGUGCUGUUAUAUGGGCACGCCCGAUGGCAUUUACGAAGGCAGAUUGGCCUUAUUACAGUUGCAUGUUAGGAGCCGCCUUGCCUUAUAGUUUUCCCAGGCCUCUGUUUCAAAUCGAGGUUAAGUGCGUUUCGGUCCCGUCCACUCGUGUCCGGAUAGUUUUGAAUCCGCAACUUAUUUUUUUCCGGAUUCAAAAAUUUCCACGUCCACACGUAUUCGUCUUCAAAUCGAAUUUGCCCCUCCACACGUAUCCGACACGUAUCAGGAUACACUCUAGCACCCAGGACUCCUCUGGGAAUAUUGGCAACAGAGCAUGCGUCGAGGUAUUCAUGGUAAAGAACUGGACUCGAUCUUGUUAUGUCACCGGAUAAAAAAAUAUACCGGGGUUUAGCGUCCACACGAUUCCGGAUUCACAGCGUAAUCAAAAAUUUCCAUUCUGGAGAGCGGAUUCAAAAAGUAGUGGAUUCGCAUGCUGGAUUCUUCGGAUACGUGUGGACGGAAGUUGUAUCCGGAAAGAAAAAGUUGCGGGUUCAAAAAUAUCCCGAUACGUGUGGACGGGGCCUUAUUCAAAUCCCAAUAAAACACACUUUUUGGCAAGAAAGGUUUUGUUUUUGAUCUCGUUUUGAAAGUGAUUCAUGCUCUGUAAGCCUCAUGUAAAGGUCAACACUCGUAGAUAAGAAUUUUAAAAGAAACCAGCAACUUUUCUCUCUGUCUUUUUCUUUUUGGCCUUGUUCAGAAAGACAUAACUUGAGGAAAUUGAACCCAACCCGAAACUUGUUUUAUGUCCCAAAAACCAGUAGAAACACUGAUAGAUGAUUUUCCUUCAGUGAAUGGCAGUGAAGGGCAGUGUGUUGCCAUGGCUACAGACGGGCCGUCAUCAUCUCCUUCAAAGAGGAAAGGUUGGAUAGCGAGUCUGUUUGGUUCAACAUCCAGUAACUCAAGUCAGGAAACAGAAGAAACAGAUAGCACUAAAAAACAAGAACAGAGCCAUAAAGAGGAACACAUAACAGUCCCUGCAAAAGGUAACUGCGCCUCGUCACGGGUUCAAACCCCUUUGAAGUCCUGAAUUUUUUACAGACUUCUUUCGUAAUUGCGUAAAUUGCGUUCACAACUGCGAGGAUCAUUUCUUCAUUUGAUUUCAUUCCUGCAGUUCUUAUAUGAUUUAUUUCGUAUACAUCUAUCAUCUGCACCUCCUUUGUAACAUUUCGCUACAGCCUUUUUGUUGAACAGUCGUGCGAUAGCAACGUGGCUGAGAGGUCAGCGAGUCUGACGCAGUGUACCUAAUGUGCAGGUCCGUGUGCUAGUCCAUCUUUGACCAGUAGCGGAAGGUGUUUCUCUGGAGUACCGAGUUCAGUUCCUCAGCCAGCCUUGUAGAUAGCAACUGCUUUUCCCUCUGUCCACUAGCGUGCGUUUAUAAUUGGACGAUUUUUGCUCUAUUCUCUAUUUUCCAAUUGUCCAUAAUACACUCUGUUUGCCCCCCAAAUUCUGCAUAAACCAUUGUUUUUAAAUGCUCCUGGGAGUAUUGCAUUUUCCCAAGAGCAUUUUCAGACAAUAAGUUAUGCAAAAUUUGGGGGCCAAACAGAGUGUAUUAUGGGCAGUUGGAAAAUAGUCAAUUCAUAUUUGAGUAGAGUGUCUAAACAAUCUUGAACACCAUGAACACACCGUUCACUUUUAGACUUAACUGUCAAAACUGUGGCGAUUCAUUGUUAAGUGAGCCUGGAUGAAAACUUUUGCAGCUUUCUCGGAGCAUUACGACUCUACCGUUUUUCCUCAAAUAUACGCCCGGGUAGAAAACAAACAAAGCAACUGAAUCCUGAUACGAUUCUUAGCCGUAAAUGUCCGAGAACCAAUUGCACGGUCAAAAUUUUCCUCUGAGAGUGGUUGUGGUGGUAGUGGCAGGGUUCUAUCUUAGAUCUAUCGUUUGGGGAAGAAGUCCCGAGUGGCCGAAGGCCACGAGCUUCCGUCCAGGGGCAUGCCCCCUGGACGGAAUUUUUGAAAUGAAUAUGUGCUGAGAUGCAAUUUGGUGCAUUUUGAGACACAAUUUUGAGAAGUAUUACAGUGUGUGCAGUGACCUGCAGUGACGAUAUAGUUACUUAAUACUGUAAUGAUAACUAUAUUAAUUUUUUUGGGGGGAAGCUGGGCAUUUUGGGGGAGGAAGCUUCUACCCCUCAGAUACCCUAGAUAGAACCCUGGUGGUGGGGAGGUAUUCCUAGGAAUUCCUGUCGGUGGUGUGUCGCCCUCUUCUCCCAAGACAAGAGAGAAUGAGCUAAUUCUCUCUUGCCAAAUACUGACCCUGUUUCAGACCAAAACUUGCCAUUUCCCAAAUCCGUUUUCACAUGCGGCUUCUGAAAGUUGUGCGCUGUUUGAGAAACCAUUGCUUUGUUCAAGCUAAGUCAAUGUUAUUUAAUCCUCUCUCACUAUUUAGUAGUAUUUGACGCUGCGCUGUUGUGGUUCCCUUGAAAACUAUACCCGAUUUUAGACCUUAAUGAGGAAAAUCUAUACCCGGUUUUAGCCAAAAUAGCAAAUAAACCAUUGCCUUUUGGGCGGCAUUUACCUGUUCAGCUUUUAUAAGGAAGCAACCGUAAGGGUUUCGCUCGACAGGAAGUUUAGGCAGCGGCGUUUUUGAGCGACACACGUCGACCGGAAGUGAGCUUUUUUUCUCUUUUAUUAUGCCUUGACGCUACCAAAUUUGUAUGGGUAAGUGUCUUUUAAACAAUAAUUUCUGGAGACCGAAUGGCCUCUGAGUCAAUAGCCCAUGGGGCCGAAGGCCGAAUGGGCUAUUGACUCAGAGGCCAUGAGGGCGAGUUGGUCAAACACAUAGAUUUUAAUCCUUUUUUUGCCGCCAAAAAGCCAGCGCUUUUCGCUACUAGUGGGCUAUGACAUAUAGCCUAGUAGUAGCUCAACCAAUCAGAACGCAGCAUUGAUAAUAGACCACUAGUUGGAUUUUACUAAACUCUUAUAGAGACGAAUUGCCCAAAAUUUUUCCACAUCACGGCCGAAGGGUGCAAAAAGUUCACUUCCGGUUGACGAGCGUCGCUCAAAAACGUCAUUGCUUAAACUCCCUCUUAUCUCAGAUCAGCUGUUCAUGUCCCGAAGAUCAUUGACUACAGUGUAGAAAGUUUUUGCACAUUUAUAAGGAGGAGGUGUUCUCCUCUAAGUUUGUUAACAUUAACACGUUAUAUUUUGUCUUUCAGUGCUGAAAGAGAGACUUGAUUACACAUUACGAGAGGGAUACAUGGAAAGCAACUACUGGUCAGCGGUUACUUCUCACGUGUCUUACUGGGCGUCGUGUGAUGUGGCGCGGUUUAUCCUUGAAAAUUGCCUGAAAAGUAACCCGGAUGUUACUGAAAAUAUGGAGCAGUCUUGA